AUGACAAAAUCCAACUCUCCUUCCUUGCUUCCCACCCUGGAAAACUCCCCAUUACUCGAUCAACACAGCAGUAAUGGAAAAAAGAAACCCUCUUUCAAGAGAUAUGUGUUUAUUUUGAUAUUGUUCAGUUUGAUCUUUGGCACAACUCAUACUUUAUUCCUGCCAAAACAAAAACCAAAGAAAACUAAUAUAAUUUUCUUUGUCACUGAUGGUAUGGGUCCUGCGUCCUUAUCCUUAACCAGAUCUUUCCGCCAAUUCAAAUAUGAUCUUCCGAUCAACGACACGUUGGUUCUCGAUAAGCAUCUCAUCGGCUCAUCUCGUACUAUGUCUCUGAACUCUCUUGUCACAGAUUCUGCUGCGGGGGCUACUGCUUUCUCAUGUGCCGCCAAGUCAUAUAAUGGAGCCAUUGGUGUGUUUCCAGAUAAGAAACCAUGUGGCACUGUCCUUGAAGCAUUAAAGCUUCAAGGAUUCAUGACCGGUUUAGUGGUCACCACCAGUAUCACCGACGCCACCCCAGCAGCUUUCUCGGCACAUACCGAUUAUCGUUCCCAACAAGACUUGAUUGCCGAACACCAAUUGGGUCAGUAUUCUUUGGGAAGAAUGGUUGAUGUGAUGAUUGGUGGUGGGAGAUGCCACUAUUAUGGAUGCCGUGAUGACAAUAGAAACUUGCUUCAAGAGGCCGUCGAUGAUGGCUGGACUUAUGUUGGUAACCGUACCGAGUUCGAUAAAUUAAAUAUGGGUAAAAUCAACGAGGGUGAAGAGAUUCCUUUACCAUUACUUGCAUUGAUGGCCGACAGAGACAUUCCAUUUGAAUUGGACCGUGACGAUUCUGUACAUCCAUCCCUCGCCGAGCUGUCCAUCACUGCUUUGAACUUGCUUCAUUCUAACCCAGCUAAUGAAAAAGGGUUGUUUAUCCUCAUUGAAGGCUCAAGAAUUGACCAUGGUGGCCAUUUCAAUGACCCAGCCGCGCAAGUCAACGAAGUUUUGGCAUUUGAUGAAGCGUUCCAGGCGGUCAAGGACUGGGCCGACUCGGUUUCCGAUGAAGCUGAUACCAUCAUGAUUAGUACCAGUGAUCAUGAGACCGGUGGGCUUUCCGUUGCUAGGCAAAUACAUCAUUCAUAUCCUGAUUACCUAUGGCUUCCUGAAGUCCUCAACAACGUCACCCAUACUGCUGAAUACGUGAAUAGAAAAAUCAAGAGUGAUUUAAGAGAGAGUAUUUUGCAAGGUGACGAUUUGAAGAAAUACUUGGUUGAUGAAAUCAGUGAGAACUUCGGGAUCUCCGACCUCAGCACCAGAGAAAUUGAUGGGUUAUUGAAAGUCACGUCUCCAAAGACCAAGGAGGAUUUCAAAGCUUCCGGUGAUGCGCCAUUACCAAUGACCUCUUUAAUGGACCAUCUUGUGAAUCUCAUCAACGUUCGUGCUCAGAUUGGUUGGUCUACACAUGGUCAUUCUGCUGUCGAUGUGAAUAUUUACGGUCAUGGAUCAUCACCAGAAGUGCAUAACAAGAUUUUGGGAUCGUUAUCAGGCAACCAUGAAAAUACCGAAAUUGGUGGAUUCAUGGCCGAUAUCAUUGAUGGAGUCGAUCUUGACGAAGUCACAGAAUUAAUAAAAGACACUAAACACGCCCCAGAUUUGAAGCAGAUGGAAAUUUUCUUGGGGGAAGAAAUAGUUGAAACAAAUGAUGAAACUUUGCUAAAAAAGAUAGAACAAAAAGUUUGGGAAAAUUAUGUUAGAUGA